UGAUCACACUGUCACUGCACUGAUGAGAUCCUGAUACUGGUGAGUGAUGAAGUUUAUCUGUUUUUUAUAAUUCUCCUCUGUGACUUUUAUAUGUACAGUAUAUCAUGGACUAACAUAUGUUAUUUUUAUAAAAUGAAGACAGAAAUGAACUGUAUCAGCUUAUCAGAGUUUGGCAGAAACAAAACUUAAUACUACAUAUAUAAUAUGUGAUAUUCUAUCAUUUAUUUGUCUUUCACAGGGAAAGAACCAAAGAAAAAAUACAAUAGGAUAACAUUAAGAGCCACAAAACUGCUGCAUGCUUUGCAAUUCUUGAUCACAUCAACUUCAGUUUAACAACUGCAGCAGGUCAAAAUUAUGUCAAGAGGUUUUUCAUAAUUAGGUGUUAAAUGUGAAUGUGAGACAAAAUUAAGGGGCCAGGAGAGGAAAAGUUUGCUUUAAAUGCCUGAACAUUACAUUAAACAAAAAAAUAAAUAAAAUAAAACACCUCAUGAAAUAAUGUUAUGGAGAAUGGAAUUUUUUUACUUGAGACUCUACUUGAAAGCUGAUAUAAUCAAUGGGUGUGUAUCAAAAAAAAAUUUCACCACUGUAUUUUUGAAAUUGAAAAGCUCCUCAGUCAGUGGUAUUGAUUAAACUCAACGGUCAUUUUAUGACUAGAGUGUGUUGUGAGUUGUUCCAAGAGCCUGAUCACAAAAAAGCUAAAUUAUAUAAAAUGACAGUGGAAAAGUACCCAUGAUGAAAAAUGCAUUAGUAAAGGUUGCUUUCAAUCAGACCCUCCCUGAUAUUGACUGUGAGAUGCCUAACUGGAUAUUUACUCACGCGCUACAAACUACAGCCUAAAAAAAAUAAUUUAAAAAAAUAAAUAAAUAAAUAAAUCACUCUCAAGUUAAAUGAACACCUCUGACAAUCUUGACAAAAGAUAAACUUUUAACUUCACUAAAUGUGUAUUUACUACCAGGUAGUAGUAUUACAUUGUGAGGUGUUGCGUUUUUUCCCCACUCUGCGUGUAAUGAAACCAAAUGUUUGCUUGUUUUAUGGGAGCAGGGGUUAGCAGUUAAAACUUUAUUGACAGGGUUCGUUCAACUGUCGUCCUGCAUAUCAAACAUUAAUUCAGCUCUGUUAGUCGUUGUAGCAUAUUCACCUCAGCAAAUUUACAUUCCAUAAAACAGGAAAAACAGGAGACAUUCUGAGUUUAUUACGUUUUUACUUGCUACAGGUUUAACUGCUCCAGCAGAGGCUACUGAACAUGUUUCUUCCACCAUUUUAUCUUAACCUCAACCAACCUAAUGUCCUUCAGAUAUGAGAGCGACACAGUGAUUUAAAGUGUUGGAGCAGCAAAUCAUUUUGAGACAUGGAGCUGUGGAAUAUGACUGACGUACCAGUCAAGCCGUUCUCACCUUUGUCUAACUGCACAGUGGACACCAGCUACCGAUUUACUUUCUAUCAAGUGUCCUACAGUGUCAUCUUCCUGGUAGGGUUGGCCACCAACAGCCUGGCUCUGCGCAAACUGUGUAUAUCUCCCUGCACCAUCAACAGCACAGCCAUCUACAUGGUCAGCCUGUCAGCUGCCGACUUAUUUUUUGUGAUCUCUCUACCUCUGAGAAUCUACUACUACAACCAAAAGGCUCGAGCCUUGUCCUCCAACACAGGAGACCUGUCCAGCUGGACUCCUGGAGUGGCAUACUGCCACCUCACUUUCACCCUCAAAUACAUCAGCCUGUACGGGGGCAUCUUCUUCCUGGUGUGUAUUGCUGUGGACCGUUACUUUGCUGUAGUGCACCCACUGGCUUCAACGCUCCGCAGGCUCCGUGUUGCACAGCUGCUAAGUGGGGGGAUCUGGUGCCUGGUGCUGGGGCUGAGUGUGAGUCUGCCUCUGCUGCGCUCUGCAGCAGCUCGCCAACACCAGCCCUGUCUGUUGGACCCAUCGUUGCAACGCCACCGAACCAUUAUACUGGCAGCCCUGGGCUUAGUGAUGGGGUCAUUUCUGCUGCCUGCUAUACUACUUCUCUACAGUUACAGCAGAGUGCUGAAUGUGCUUCGCCAGCCGAGACACCGCUCUCGCAGCCAGCACCGUAGCCGCCAGCAUACUCUCACAGUCAUUUACUGGGUACUGGCUGUUUUCCUGCUGUGCUUCCUCCCCUAUCACAUCAACCUGCUGGGAUACACCCUCACACAUGUGGGGCUGCUGCCCCACUGUGGCCUGGCCAAGGUGACAAAAGCUGUUCACCCAGUGAUGCUGUCCCUCGCCAGCUCCAACUGCUGCCUCAAUCCACUCAUCUACUAUUUCUCCAGCAGCCUGGUGCACAGAGAAGCACCUGGUGGUGGAGGCAGUGGCAGCCAGUGACACAGUUCAUUUCAUACAACUACUAAAAAAAGAAAACCGUUCUCAAGAGCAUUAAGCAGGACUAUGUCAAUUCAUGUACAGUAUUCUGUUACCCAUACUGUGUUCACUUCUUUGAACAUGAUACUGCAGAUAACUCUGUACGUGUUCAAUAUGUAAUUUGUGUUUGUGAGAUAGCAAUAUAGAGUGAAUGUUGAAUUCAUAUUGAAUGAUUUUAAGAAAGCAGUUUAUAUGUUAAUCUUAUUCUUGAACUGAAGUAAUAAUCAAUACUUUUUGCAGAUGUUUUAGUAGAGUUUUCUUUUAAUAGGCCAAUAAACAAUAUAUAAGGAUGAUA